AUAAAAUGAAUACAAUCUGCUGUAUGACAAUAUUUAUAACAAAGGAAAGGAUAUCAAAUUUCCUCUAAUAUUGAUCGUGUAGGUGUGCGUGGGUUUAUAAUUUUAUUGAAUGUAAUUACAUUAAAGACUGUUACGUAACAUGGCAGGAAAGUACAAGGUUAUUUUCUGUGUUAUUUUGCAGUUAAUUGUUCGUCAACUUGCAUUGUUUUAAGUAGCUGUUUCCGACGAUUUCAGGGAUGAUGAGCCAGACAUUUAAAUAUAGGUUAAUCUAGCGUGAGAUUUACUGAUACAAUAUUUAAGCGUUUUUACAUAUACAAAUCGUAAUACAUGCAAAUUCAUAAAAGAAAUGGAUGGAUAUUAUAAGAAUUUUCGUGGAAUAAACUAGGACAGGACCGAUUUCCUUGAUACAUCAAUAUACUGAUUGGUCCAAUUGUAAAAAAAUGGCUAACAUAAGAAGGGAUCGCCAGUGUAUUGUGGAAGUAUUUCAGCAUCACACCCGAAGAGACUUUCAUAUUAUCAGCUUCAUUGAAAAACUGAAAAAACUUAAUUUAUUAGAUAAACGGCAAUAUAGUAAUUUGCAUAGCGCACUUGACGAUUCUGGGUAUGUACAAAUCAUCGAGCUUCUAUGCAAUUUGUUGCCCCAUCUGUCUUAUGACAACCUUUGUUUUCUAUUUGAAGAAGAGGGGUAUACUGAUAUCGCCUCUACUCUAAGAAUAAAAAGGUUUACAAUUCGUUACCGGAGACUCCCACAAAUAGAAAUGCCUCAUUCUAAACGGACACAUGAUUACUACCAACAUAUUAAAAGCUGCAUAGAUAAUAAUUUGUUUUGGGGUGAUAAAAGAGUAAUAUUAAUGCAAUUCAUAUAUAAACAAGAUGAAAAAAUCAUGAUGAGUAGUGAUGAAAUAUCGGUCCAUGAUCGACAGUUUGCCAUGGAGCGAAAAGCAGCAGCUACAGUUUUACUAAUUCAGCAAUACAAGGACGUUGAAGAACGAAAGCGAAUAUUGCAUCAAGCAAUAAGCACAGAAACGAACGGGGUAGAUAAUACAUCAUUGCAAAUUGUUUUCCAUUCAAAAAUGGCAAUAACAGAAGCAGAUGCGGGUAAUAUUCGGGAAGCUGAAGAGUAUAUCGUUAAAACAAAAGAGUUCUGUUUAAUGUAUAGACCUUGUUUUGCGGUAACAUCUGCGUUCCAUGACAUUGAGUAUACAUAUAAAUCUCUUUACUUUAAAAACCCAUCAGACGAAAUGUUGGAAAAGAUUCUCGUUGAAGGAGAUAUAGCUAUUCAGAGUUUGAAUGAAGAAAGUGAGGACGUUCAAAACCUCUGGAGAAGAAUAAUGCUAUUGUUUAUGGCAUUAUCAUUGUUAUUCAUAACAGCAGAUUUCGUGGUUUGCGACAUAACGAAGAUCAAAACAAUUCAUAAGAAACGCGCAAAGAGAAUUUUGAAAGAGAUUAACGCUGCAGUCAUGAAAUCCAAAUUCGGCGGCAAAUGAUAUUAAAUCUGUGUUUAGCCGUACUCGAGGAAGAAAAUGGUAUUAAAGCCGCCGAAAUGUAUGCGAAACAUGCAGUAAACAACGCAGAAAACGGUGGUUGUUUCCGUGAUAUAGAAAACCAAAAUGUUAAGGCAUACUUGAAAAGUAUUCAAAGAAAAAUGAUUGCACAAACAAUAAGAAAAUGUUUUAUGCUUGUUUCUAUUAUAAUUGGAAUAUGCUUUGGAAUUCACUAUUUCAUGGUUUAUUUCACAACUGAUGAUAAAUGUAUCGUUUUCCUAAUAUAUUGUUCUACAACGACUAUUUGUGUGGUUCUUGGUAACUAUUUUAGUCAGGUUUUUCCAUUUUCUUUCAUGUCACGAGAUUAAAAACUUAAGACAUUAUGCAUUUUAGAUGACUUUAGAUAAUUGUAUGUUUUUAAUGCAUUAUAAAUGACAUAUAGAUAUAUCUCAUUGUAUACAAGCCGUUCAACAAUACAAAAACACUGUAUUUGAUGUUUAGAAAACUAAGAUAUUAAUUUUAAGUGCAUUGUUGAAGAAUAAUGCAAGGUUUGAGGUCAAAUACGCAGGGGUCGAUAGGUCUGAGUGAUAAAUAAUAUUUACAAAGCAUUUGUAUGCUUAUAAAAAGAGAACUGAUAUUAAUAUGAUGAUGUAAUUUUUCUUGAUGGCAUUUAGUUUAUAUUUCAUAUUUGACGUUGCAUUCCUUUAUUAUGUAUUAGUAUCGUGUUAUAAUGCACUCGACCGUCCUAUUUGUUUCAAUAGGGAAUAAUGUGAAAAGUGUUAGAAUAAAAAAUGACAAUUAUACAUGUAUAUUAGUAUAAAUAUAACAUUUAUUCAUUAUAAAUAUUUUUUCCAUUUGUGAAAUGUAAUAUUAUGUUUUUAUAUGUGAUUAAUGAAAAUGACAUUAUAUUUAAACUGUAUGGCAUAAUAUUAAUGAAGUAAUUUUGCACAAAAUGUUCAACAUAUAAAUUAAUACAUGAACUUUACAAAUGUGUAAUCAAAUAACCGGAUGGAGUUAUAUUCAUGUAAAAACAAGCAUUACUUCCAAAUAUACGCUUAUUUUGUAAUAGUAUCUUAAAUGUCCUGUUUAAUUUACAU